AUGGAGGGAGGAGCAGAGGAGGCUGACGCUUCCUCGCUGAGAGGAGGAGGGGGUGGGGACGAAAGCUACAUACACAAAGGUCUCAUUAACACUCAUGGGCUGGGGGCGGAGUCUGUAUACUCAGCUCCUCAGUACCAGGGUCAUGUGAUGGCAAGCACCCCCUCAACUCCUCAGCUCCUGAUCCCCAGUGCUUUCCUCCCUGCCUCCAGGCCCGCCCCCGGCCUCCUGCUGUCCCCAGACAGCGUCCAGCGAGCGUGGGGGGAGGCAGGGGGCGGAGACUGCUGCGAGACCACCUUCAUCGAGGGGCUCACCUCUGACUCCACCCUGACGUUUUUCCCCACUGUGGCCGCCACCAAGGAGGCACUGCUCUUCGCUGAUGGGAGGAGUCUGGACUUUUGUGGAGAAGACGCGAGGAUCCACACACUGUCGUACAACAUCGACGACGACGAUGAGUUCCAGGAAAUGGAGAGUGAUUACUCCUCUCAGUCAGACAGUGACGACACGUUCCUGUUGACUCCUCCCAGAGAUCACCUGGGUCUCAGUGUCUUCUCGAUGCUCUGCUGCUUCUGGCCUCUCGGCAUCGCUGCGUUCUACCUGUCACAUGAGACCAAUAAGGCGGUGUCUAAAGGAGACUUCCACCUGGCCAGCUCCAGUUCGAGACGGACGCUCUUCCUGGCCGUGCUGUCAAUCACCAUCGGGACAGGUAUCUAUGUGGGCGUGGCCGUGGCACUCAUCGCCUACCUGUCCAAAAACCAUCACUGGUAGGACAGGAAAAUACCCAUCAGCCUUUUCUCCUACACCUGGAGUCCUGGAGUCCAUCCUCAGGUGGACGUGUCCUCGGCAGUCAUCAUCAUCAGUGUUUCCCAUCUGGCACGCGAUCGGCCCUAGGGCGCGGCUGCUUGGAGAGCGGCGGGAACCUGAUCUCCAACAUCCGCUCGAAGUCUUUCUUGAUCAUCAUUGUCUUAAGGGCCUGUUGUUUGCUGACCCCAAGUGUUUCUUCUAUUUUUCUCCACGACCUCCGUUUGUCAAACACUAUUUUCUUCUGAAUUGGGCUACGUAUCUCAAGGACUGUACAUGGCAGAAGUUUUCAGUUGGUUGUGAUUGGGUCAGUGCAUACAGCUCACUGUUCGAGAUCUUAAACGCCCAAUCUAUUUCGCCAUCGACAAGGGUUGCUGGGUCGGUCGUGGCUGAGGACGACAUUAAAGUUGACGGGUCGCUACGUGACCUGCUGUCACGUGAUGUUUGAGACAUGAGCGACGGCGGGUCACAAAGUACAUGACCUUUCCACCAGGGGGAGCCACUGACUGAUAUGUCUCAGCGUUUAUAGACUGGGAACGUUGCAGGAAACCAGGAUUAAAUUAGCUUGAUUUCACAUCUUUAGCUCAAACUGAACUUUUACUGAAGCAGUGAUUUCUGCGAUCUUUAUCACGUUUCUAAGUUUCUAUUUCUCUAUCUCUCUCUUUCGUUAAUAUUUAUGAAAAAAAAAAAAACACACAAGAGAAGAGACAUUCUGUCUAUAUUUAUGUUGCGUUUAUGCUAACAUCUUUUUUUCAGGCUGAACACAGUUAGCUUCACAGCUUGCUAGCUUGCUAGCACUGACCUGUGAGCAGAUGCCCUUCCAGCUCACAAGCUAAAUGCUAACAGCUAAAGUUGUCUGUGUACGCAGCAGCGUAUCAGCGGCAUAUGUUUUGGUAUUUCAAUAAAAGAGACGAAGAUCUUAAGAAAGAAUCCGAUGGAUUGCUUCGUGUAGGAGUUUUCUAACUCCAGCAGGUGGCAGUAAUGCAACUUCAAACCCAACAGUAGAAGAAGAAGGCGGUUUGGGAGUGCUAUCAUAUUUUGCUAUAAAUUUGCAUCACAUAUUUUAAUUAAUAUUAUUAACAGUGUCCUUGACUCUGAUGCUUAAUAAUGCGACAGUUGUCGUUGUUAUAUCGUAAAGCUACGUGUUCCAGAUGCUUUUUACGAAAGUGAGUCCACCUAAAAAAAUAUAUGUAUAUAAUCUGUUUUUAUGAGAUUCUCAUAAAUCUCGUAAAAAUAGACUCUUUUAAAUCAUUUUAUUCCAAAUGGAAACACAAAAAUCUCGUACCAAAGCGUCAUUACAGCCCAUCAAUACACUGGAGUUCAUUGGAUUACAGAGAAAAGUCUGCCCUCUGGUGGUCAAGUAAGAAUCUCCCCACCACUGUUCUGCAUUCAAACGUCAUCGUCUCAAAGGCCUCUGAUUGGCUCGUGCAGCUCGCGCCGUCAUGGUGAUCAGGUUUCUAUUAACAAAAGUUUAACCUGAAACCUUUGGACCAAUCAGAGCCCAGCGUCACUCUGGGCAGCGUCAACAACAACUCUGGACUAAAGAAAGGGCUGCAAGUGUCACCCGAUGAUGAUGUCAUCAACAUCUCAUGAUGACGUCAUCACACACUCACGAGAGUCGUGACGAUGAUGUCAUUUGUGGUUUUCAACAAACUCAGGAGUUUUCACGCUUGAGUUAAAGAAGAAUUUCACCAAAAUACUUUAAAGUUUAUCAGCGGACGUUUGAGCCGGUCAUUAAAGGGACAUUCUGUGAUGUGUCCACGUCAGAGGACGUCCGUCCGCUGGUGUCCACGUCCACUGAGACUCAUGAGACGACAGCAGUGGAUUGUGGGUAAUUAUUAAUCUAGUCUCCAGCAGAGAAACAGGACGUUUGUGUUGAAUCACCGUGGCAACAAGGGACAAACAGCACAACACACAUAUAAAUGAAUCAGUCAAUAAACAAAUAUGAAUUCAAAUGUUUUUGUUUGAAAUAUCCUUCAAAUAUUUUAUCGUCCAUUUAUUUAUUUAUUGAUUCAAACUUUGUGUAAAUAAAUAAAUACA